ACUUGAUAAUUGAUAUACGAUCUUACAAGGCUGUAUAUAAACUCCUUUCUGUCCAUCUCAUUGAGCAUCCAUUCAUCGAUCAAACCUUCACCUCACUCAUUUUUCUCUUACUCUGUUUACAAUUCAUUCACCCUCAAUUUGUUCUCUAAAACUUUAUUUAGUACUACAGUAUUGGUGUAAGAUCUUACUUGAUCAAUAAUUUUCAGAAGAAUGAUGCAGAAAAUUAUAGUUUCCCUCGAUUUACACGAUGACAGAUGCAAACAGAAGGCCAUGAAAUCAGUUUCUGGAAUUUCAGGGGUUGAUUCAGUAUCAAUAGAUAUGAAAGAGAAGAAGUUGACAGUAAUUGGAGAUGUUGAUGCAAUCCUCAUUGUAAGCAAACUAAGAAGACACUGCCAUACAACAAUUGUUUCAAUUGGGUCGGCAAAAGAACCAGAAAAGAAGAAAGAAGAACCAAAGAAAGAGGCUAUUAGUCCAAUAGUUGAUCUUGCUUAUGCUUACAGAGGCUAUAAUCCUCAUAUGAAUACACAUUAUUACCACAGUGUAGAAGAAAAUCGUAAUGCUUGUGUUAUUUGUUGAUUUCGUUUUUAUUCCUUAGUUAGUUAAUAGGUUAAUUGUAGUUCCUAAAUUGGUUUAAUUGCUGAUUUAAUUAAAAUCUUGGGAU